UCUUCAUCUUCACCAUUACCUCCAGAACUUUCUCUCUCUCUCUACCAAAACCACCUCCAACCCACCACCACACCUCCACCAGCAACACCACCGUCGCCACACCAUCAAUACCACCUUCGACACCAUCAUCACCAUCAAAACCCUCAUGUCCAAGCUCCAUCUCCGGCUGCGAAAUACUCUUCUGGAGCUACGAUUCCCAGCAGUUAGGGUAUCCACAAGCAAUCGAGAGCAGAGAAAGAAAGAAGCCCCCUCUCUAAUUUGAGCAUCAACACAGCAAUUCCAGAUGUGGCGAACCCUAACUCUGUGGAGAAGUCAAUUUCUGGUGAUUCAGAGGUCUCACAAGAAAGAAAGAAGCCCCCCUCCAACGUUCAGGUGGUGGUGCACUGAUGGUGCGGUGGUGUUAAUGGUGGUCUAGAUGAGAAAGAGAGAGAGGAGGGAUGGGUGUGAACUGAAAUGGGUGUGUGUGCAGUGUAUCACCACUACACCGUCACCACCACAACACCCACCACCGUUGUAUCUCCACCGUCACCACCAUUCAGCGAUGGAGAAUUGGAUAAAGUGGAGAAGACGGUGUUGGGUUAGGCUGGUAAUGGUACGGUUCGAACCGGGUAUUAUUCUGCAGGACUUUCCUUGUUCUGAGUCUGCUAUUAGACCGGAUCUUCUUAGCUGUGAUUCAUGUGGAGAACACCUAUGUCUUGUGGCUCAGAUUUAUGCCCCUAUUUCCAGCAAGAUGUUAACGCAAUCAGGCGUACCGUCUUCUCUGCUUUUCGAAAUCUCAUUCAGCGAUGUCUGUUAGCGAUGGUUCAGUGGUGGGAAUGGUGGUGGUGCGGUGGCGGGGAUGGUGGUGGUGCGGUGGCGGGGAUGGUGGUGGUGCGGUGAUGGAGGGUGGUGGUGGUGGUUGGAUCUCCAGAGAGAGAGAAUGUGCAGAAUAAUAUAUAAUAUUUUACUCCUGUGCAUUAAAGACUUGUUCAUUAUACUCUUAUGCAUAUUAGAGUUGUACUUUGUGUGUAAAUGACUAAAUUGCCCUUGUAGUUAACAGACUUGAUAGAUGGAGUUAGAAAUUUGGACUCAAA